UACAGCUACACCAGCAUCCAGCAGCAGCAGCUCGAUAAAGAGCGUCACGGUCCGAGCUUACAGAGACAAAUCCAGUUCACACCCGAGAGGAAACCAGCGCUUCAUUCAUCAGUGAUUGUCCUCUUGAACAUUUAGAGCUGUGAGCAUCCCUGAUCAGUGUGUGUGUGUGUGUGUGUGUGUGUGUGAGAGAGAGAGAGAGAGAGAGAGAGAGAGAGAGAGAGCAUCAUCACCAUCAUCAUCCAGCGGAGGACAAAGGCACAGAAAUGGGUCACAGCAGCGGCUGAUCUCAGGGUCUGUGAGGACGUCUCUCUUCUGCUCUGUGCUCCUCAAACAUCACGUCAUGUUCCUCAGCUGUGUUCUUCUGCUGUGUCUCCUGCUGCACGUCUGCGGCGGGGCGCUGGACCCCGACAAAGAGAUGUGUUACUCUCGACAGCAUCGGGACGUGGCUGUAAACACACAUCUGGCUCUGGAUCAGAGGGGAACCGUCAUGGAGGCCCGAGCCAUGCCUUCAGAGAAAGACUGCAUCCUCACCUGCUGCUCGGAGGACGUGGCUCCAGGGCUGAAGUGUAAUCUGGUGGUGUAUGAGCCGGCGGAGCGGCCCGGAGAUCUGAACUGUCAUCUCUUCUACUGUCCGAGCGAGAGAGAGUGUCCUCUGAUGACCGCUCGCCCCGGAGUCAACACCUACAACAUCUUCAAGGGUCUAACUCAUCCAACAACUAAAGGAAGUGCAAGAAUAACAGCCAAACCCACAGCACCACAGCUGACCACCACUGCACCCACAACUACACCCACAACUACACCCACGACACACAGGACUACACCCACAACUACACCCACGACACACAGGACUACACCCACAACUACACCCAAAACUACACCCACGACACCCAGGACUACACCCAGAACUACACCCACGACACCCAGGACUACACCCAAAACUACACCCAGGACUACACCCAGAACUACACCCAGAACUACACCCACGACACCCAGGACCACACCAAUGACUACACCCACAACUACACCAAAAACUACACCCACGACACCCAGGACUACACCCACAACUACACCCAGGAAUACACCAAUGACUACACCCACAACUACACCAAGGACUACACCCAGGACUACACCCAAAACUACACCCACAACUACACCAAGGACUACAACUACACCCAGGACUACACCCAGGCUUACACCCACAACUACCCCCACAACACCCAGGACUACAGCACCAGCCACAUCCUCCUCCAUCAGCAGAACUAAAGAAGCUCCGACUGAGUCAGAAUCACCAGUGAUGCUCAAAACCGUUGCUAUGACAACCGCACCCGCUACCACGGCAACCAGCACCACACAGUCCACCAGCACGAGUAAAAGCACCAGCACUAAAGCGCCUCGUCCUCCUCCACGGACGCCCCUCAAACCCAUCCAACCCAAAAAACCCAGCAAACCCUCGAGACCAGAGACGCAUUCAGUGAGUCCUGUCAGAGCCACGCCGAAACCUACAGCCCCCCCGACCACCAGCACCUCCAUCACCCCCACUGCUCCACCCUCGACCCCUGAGCCAGCCCCUGCAGACGUGAUCGAGCCGGAGAGCAACUCGAAGCGCCCAGGUCGUGGUCAUCCCGUUCUGUCUCUUCCAGGGAAGCCCAAGGUGUCUCGAGUGAUGUGGAAGAACAGCCUGGUGGCCAUCGUGGUGAUCACACUCAUCUUCCUCACACUCAUCCUCUCUCUGGCGGCCCGUAAAGCCAUGGAGUCCUUCGACAGACGCCACUACACCCGACUGGAGCUCAACGACCUGCACUACGAGGUGUAAACCAUCCACUGGAGAAAGCUUGGUGUUGUAAUAUUUAGGCUGUUUGGUUCAGAAACACAGAGCACUGUCGACGCUUCAUCUGUGAAUAGAGAGAAAUCAAAAGCAAUACACUGAACUCAGGUGGCCUCGGACGAUGAACAGCAUCAGUCCUGUCUGACGUUUCUUCGGUUUUCUUCUGCUCUGAUCCUGAAUCAUGUGUUUAGCUCAUCACUCUCACAACAGAUCCUCACGCGUGUCCCGUGUUUCAGUCUGGAUCUGGCCGUUUUGUAAUUCACUGCGUUUUUUGGAUGAUUGUCUGCUUUAACGAUCACUGAACAACAGCAUGAGAUUCAGAAAUCUGUCUGUUUUGAUCUUCGGUAUUUUCUAAUCUGUUAUUAUGUGUUUGUUGUUGGUACAUUUUUAGUGAGCCUUGGCUUCACGGACACCUGUGAUUAUUUCUCUCGCAAGAAAUAAAAAAGAAGUCUUUUUCAGUAUUUAACAGGUUUAUUAUUACAUUCUGAUUAAGAAAAAAGCUUAAUUUGAGAGUGCUGAGGACAUUUCUGAAGGGUUGGUUAUUCCUUUUUAUGAGUUAUGCAAAUACAGAACAAUAAUGUUUCAAAGCUUGUUAGUGCACACAAUGAUAAAUGCUUUCUGUUGAUCUUGAAAAAUAAAAAGUAUCACAGUUUCCACAAAAAUAUUAAUGUUUUGAACAUUGAUAAUAAUCAGACGUGUUUUUUGAGAAUAUUAUUCUGAUUUCUGAAGAUCAUGUGACAGUGAAGACUGGAGGAAUGAAGCUGAAAAUACAGCGGAGCAUCACAGAAAUACAUUACACUUUAACACAGAUUCACACAGAAAACAGAUGAUUUACACUGUAACAAUAAUUCACAAGAUAAGGAGGUUCUUUCACAUGAUAUAAAAUCUUUCUGUUUGGGAAUGAACACUGUAAGCUGUUUGGACGCGAGAGGGCGCUGUGUAACAUCUGUACGACAUCCAGAAAUCAGAUAUAUCACUGCAUGAUUCAUAUUUCAUAUCUAUAAGCUCUUCUACCUGUCGAUAGAGAUUCACUGAAGAUGGACUUUUAUUGCCAUGGUUAAAAAAAAGAAAGAAAGGAAAAUCACCUUUACAUUGCGGUAGCAACAGAUGCACAGAUUAUAAAAUACACCGUGUAAUAUAAUAUCACUGCAAACA